ACCACCUUCUUCUCUCUCUCUCUCUCGUUUCUUUGAUUCGAUUUCUAUUACGGUGACCAAAAGGGAAUAGAGAUGUCGAGCAGCGAUGAAUUCAUGGAGGAAUUGAAUUCAAAUGGGGAUUCAUCUCGGACGGUGCACCGGAGGUUCAAAGAUCGAGCCGAGAAAGUGGCGAAAACAAAGGAGAUGUUGUCUAAACAAGCGGUUCAAACGAAGGAGAUGCUGACGAAACAAGCUGUUAAGAUCGCCAAACAAGCUGAAGAACACGAACGCUUUAUUAACAAGGUGACUCAUCUCUUGGGGGUUCUCGGCUUUGGAGGGUUUUGCUUUUUAUUGGGAGCAAGACCGCAAGAUAUUCCAUAUGUAUAUUGUGUGUUCUAUGUUACCUUUGUUCCUCUUCGAUGGAUAUACUACCGCUUUAAGAAAUGGCAUUAUUAUCUUCUGGAUUUCUGCUAUUACGCCAACACAAUCUUCUUGGUCGACCUUCUUAUUUUUCCGAAGAACGAAAAGCUUUUUAUGAUUUGUUUCUCAUUUGCUGAGGGUCCGCUAGCAUGGGCGCUCAUCGUUUGGCGUUGUAGCUUGGUUUUUAGUUCUGUGGACAAAAUUAUUAGUGUCCUCAUACAUCUUUUACCGGGGAUCGUGUUUUUCACGAUUCGAUGGUGGAAUCCUGCAACCUUUGAAGCCAUGCAUCCUGAAGGUACAUCUCACAGAUUUUCAUGGCCUUAUGUAGAAGACAAAUCUUACCUAUGGACUUGGUUGUUCGUGGUUCCCUUAGCUGCUUAUACCCUCUGGCAAGUUCUUUAUUUUCUCAUUGUCAACGUGCUACGUCGCCAGAGGAUGCUAAGAGAUCCCGAAGUCAUGACUUCUUACAGGGAACUUUCUAAGAAAGCUCAGAAAGCAAACAACAUAUGGUGGCGUUUAAGCGGUUUGCUCGGGGAUCAAAACCGUUUGUUCAUGUACAUUUUACUGCAAGCCAUUUUUACAGUCGCAACCAUGGCACUCACAGUCCCGAUCUUUCUUUCAUAUGAAUUCCAUGCGAUUUUCCAAAUACUCAAGGUUUCUGCAUCUGUAUGGAAUGGAGGAAGCUUUCUGUUAGAAGUGAUGCCGAGACAAGUGGUUGUCAAGGAGAAAAAGAGAUCUGAGAAGCAGGCGCCACCGACAUCACAAAACCAACAAGAUCAACACUUCGAUUCAAUCGGAAACGAGAUGAAGGAGAACCAUCACCAGUCCGAAUAACUGUGCAAGAAUAGUUGGAUGUAAAAACCAUCGUCAGAAAGACAUGGAUACUGUGUUGUGUGUUGCAGUUCAAGGACGAGUUGUUUUAUUAGACAGUCCUAACUUGUAGUUUUGUAAUUGUGAAUCUGUAAUAAUUUUAAA